UGAGAUUUUCAGUCAGCCGGUCUCAGAACAGCAGCAUCGAUUCCUGCGUGCGUGUUGUCGUGUAGUGGCUGCAAUUACACUGCAGGCCAUUCUGCAGAGAAGCCAACUGCACCCGCCUCAGGGAGCAGGAGAAUAGAGAACAACAUGUGACAAUCCGUGCUCCACUGUCGGCAGCAUGCUUCGCCUCCUCCAGACAUUAGCUCUCUUCUUCUGGUAUUUUUUACUACUUCACAGGUGGGCUCUGGCGGACGAAGAGGCCAGCUGGGGGCCAACUACGGCGAGCAAAACUUCAUCUGAGAAGAAGCCGAGCAGUUAUUGGUGGACCCCAUCCUUGCCAAAGUUUCCGUCCUUUCCCUCGUUUCCAUUUCGCAACCCUUUUUAUGGAAGUUCAGAGGACAAAAACGAAGCAGCUGCCUCGAGCACAGCUUCCAAAGGGCUGACAGAACUAACUGAUCACUUCCAAGACAAUACAGGAUCAGGAGAAGGGAUCGAUUCGGGAGAAACUCAGUCGCCCACCGCUUUGACUCAGGGGCUCCUCRCGAGCUUGACAGAGAUAAGAACCGAAUCUCUUCCCACAGGGACACCAGAUUCUUCGCAGASCAGCAUAGUUAAAAUCAACAAUGCUGCUUUUGUUUCUCCCACAACCAGCUUUAUCAGAAACACUUUGUUCACCAACAGUCCCACCAGCAGUCACACUCCGAGACAAAACACAACAGAUACCCACCCACCACCGGAAACCRCGACAAGAACAAAACCCAACAUGGACGUGACUACACAACACCUCACGGAUGAACCAAGUGUUUAUCAAGAGGCAUAUUCAUCAGAGAAUGUUUAUUCAACAGUACCRCCAGAAACUACAGUUCCCACUGCCCUGACGUGGGCUUCAGCGCAAACGACAACACUAAACCCAGGAGUGGUGGAGCUGACCAGCACACGUGAUCUGAGGCCCGUUACUCAUCCUACAUUUGUUACAGAGCCAACAAACUCAACUGUUGAUGUUGCGAAUCAGUCAUCAGUGGGCACAAUGUCAGAAACAGCCCCCACCCAAAGCCAUACGGACGGAGGCUUCUAUGGAACCAUGACUGUGAAUCCCAAAAACCAGCCAGGGACGCCCCCCUCUACCCUCAGGAUCGAUCGUGAACAGGUUCAAAAAUUUGCAACAAGCACAAAUCAGAGCCAGGGACCCAACUCCACAACUGCAGGAGAGCUGCCAGGCGCAGAGGAUGAAAAGGAGAACAAAGUUGUGGAUGCAAGACUGCCGACUGUUUCCACACCAUCCGCCAAGCUGCUCAAAUCCACAACGCAGAGCACAGAGAGUCUCCCUGAAUCACCAUCUAUCCUGUAUACUGAAGACUGGAUGUCUAACCUGCCAAUCAGCGAGGGCACCCUACUUCCAGACUGCAAUAAAGAAGGCUCUGGCAUCUGCAACUUCUCCUACACCUGGGAUGCCACAACUUCCUCGGGCAUCAAGCCUACGCAAAAUAGCACUGCCACAAAUCAGCCAAACAGCCUAUACCCAGCUCCGCCCAUGUUGGUGCCCCUGUACACAGACUGGAACAGUGCCAUGGCAGACUGGGGCCUGGCCUGGGAGGCCCACGUUUAUGGCAUCGGCUGUGCCUUUGCCAUGUUAACAUUGGCCUCUGCGCUUAAUCUGCUGUGCUUGCCGCUGCGUUGUCCAUCGGGAUGUGGUUACUUCGCUCUAGUCAGCUUGUUCCUGCUUGCCGCUGGCUGCACCAGGUCUUUCUCUCUCCUGUACGACGCCUAUGGCCACCAGGACCGCAUACCCUCCACAGAGGCCUCGCUCAUGCUAUACGAAGCACCUUUUCCAUGCAUCACAGCAGCUUUCGGUUUGGUUUUCCUUCUCCUCUCCAUGCGCUCAAGAAUGCAGCUCUCCUAUUCGGCCUUCCAGAGACCGUGUUUCCUGGCCUGCCUGGUUGUGUUGCACUUCGCUGCCGCAUUUGGUCCUGUGACUUUCUUGAAGUUCUACCAGCAAAAGCCUCCCUUGUGUCUCCUUUUGUCACUCAUCUCCCGUGGGGCCUUCGUGGCACUGGCAACAUUUCUGUCUGCUGCCUAUUUUGUCUUUUAUAUCUAUGUCCGUGCAGACUCGAAGCACAUCUACCACCUAAACAACACAUCGCCAACACCUGCCGAGCGCUACAACCGCUGCCCAUUUGCUGAGAGCCGUGACUGGAACCGUGCAGCUGUUACAGUCUGCCUGUCUGCAUUGUUUUCUUUAGCAUGUGCAGGACUACAGUUAUAUGCAAUGCUUAAUGCUAUGGGUGUGGCAGGUGGAGAGGAGGUCUUCCAUCCCUGGCCCUGGUGGGCUUUUCAGUUUAGCUGUAGAUUGUGUGAGCUUGGAAUUUGUCUCACCUUAGCCUUGGUAGUUGCACAACCAGUCUUUUGUUCUGACCAGCUUCCAACUGCUGGAAGUUGCUGGACUGAACUUUUGGCAUCCAAGUCACCAAUCUUGCCUGGGACGUAUCACUGGACACUUAACCAGCAAGAAAAACUUGCCAUUGUUGACACUGUUGGGCUUGGAGAAACAGAAAGCCUUCCACUAUACACUCUGAUGGAUGAGAGACUUGGGAGCAGCUUAAACGGCCUGGACCUUCUCUACCACAGCAACCGCGCCUUAGCAUACCGAGACCUGGACUUGGAUUUGGGAAUUCGAAGUUUAGAAAAACCAGAGGAGGACAGAGGCAGAGAGCCAUCAGGUGGAUCCUCGUUUACCAGCGACUCCACGACAGACCUGCGGCCACCAUCACCGAUCAACCUCCGUCGUAGCAUAGAUGAAGCACUCUUCAGCGAGGCCUUGUUCCCAAUGAGCCUAUUUAGCCCUUCCAGACCUUUUCUCUGCAGCGACAUGCCUGUAAACAACCACUGGACGCUUCCCAGCAAAGGCCUUUGUGAUCCUCUCUCAACUGAUCCUGGUUUUUAUCGUACCUCCUCGUGCCAGGAGAUGGCCUCUCAAUCCCUAGCCCCCCGUGCCCAGUCUAAAGGCGUUGAAGGUGCUCCAGCAUCUUCCUCCAUGUGCUCAUCCUCCAGUUCAUCGCCUGAGCGUUGGAGAGGCAGUUCAUCUUCGUGCUCCCUCUACCGAACCUCCCUCGGAGGCUCUUCACUUGUCCUCUGCCCGAGCCCAGAAACACAUUCAGGAGGACUUCUUCAAGAAGGUGGCAUGGGCAAUCAUCAAGCGGCAUCCUCCAGCUUGCAGAGGCACUACCAAACUCUGGGAGCUGCCUCACAGGAGAGCUUGGACCUGUCUGCUGAGGCGGAUCGAUCUGUGCAGGAAGAAUUUAUCAGUGUUUGCAGACAAAUCGAUUCUUCGAGCAUCUGCAGCGAGACUAUAGACUUAUAAAGAAACUUUUAUCAACGAGGACCUAAAACGAGUGUUUGUUUUGUGCGGCAAGUUGACCGGAUUUUUCAGUGUGUUUGAUAGUGCAUGUCAGCUUUAUAUACACACAAUGAAAAAAAUGACUAUAGCUGCCAAAAAGUUUAUUACAAUUUCUUUAGUGAAUGUUCCUGAGAGUCCAAGUGCCAAGACUGUCAAAAGCCAAGAGACCAUUUGUAAAUUUUUCAUGUCUGAUAGAAGCUAAAGAAGUUUGUUACAGCCGAAAAAACUUUACUACGUGGUGAUAAAGAACAGAUUAGUACAAACGUUUUUAAAACACCAACAUUCCAAUAGCUAUUAUUGUGACUGGAUUAAACUCUUACAUACUACUGAAAAUAUAUCUUUAAAUAUACAUAGAUAGUAAACAAAUCUCAUGUUAAGUUGGGAUUGAAAUGGUCAAAAUAUAAAAUAUUUCAGUUACGGCACAACAAUGCCCUCUGCUGAUAGAAAAAAUUAUAUAUGUUACAGUUUUCUUUACAUCAGAAUCCUUUAUGACUGACAUACUAAUUUAUUUAUGCUGAAAUGAAAUUUUGCUUUUUAUGUUUAAUAAAAUGUUUUAACAUAUUUGGUGUCUUUUAUUUUACCCCAUCUGCAACAGUUAUUCAAAAAGACAGUAGCCAAAACACAGUAUUAUGUAUUUAUUCAUCUUUAAACAUAUUUAACAGUGAAAGAAACUUUCCUUUGAGUGUUCAACUGUAAACAUGUCUUGAAGUGAUAUUUCUGAAAACCCUAUAAAUAAACUACUAAAUACUGAGUUUUCCCCCAUAAAUCUACAAAAAAACAGACUUUAUUUCUUUACAUUUGGUACUGCUGAAACUGCCAUAAUUAUAGCAACUGUUGAGAAGAUAAAAAUAUACAAAGGAACUCAAGUGAAAAGAAAAAAUCUGAGUUGUGCUUAUUUGGUUGGACUAUAAGGUUUCAGAUUAAGACAUUCUAAUAAGUUAACCUGUGAGAAACUGAAGACAAACCAGUGGAAUUUACACAUCUCCAUAUAUUUUUAUGUACAUUUUCUUGCAAUUCACUCCAGUUGCAAGCCUUCUGUUAGUCAAAUGAAGCCUUUGCAGAACUCUACGCACCCCCAAAAUGUACAUGAUCAUGGCAGAGGGGAAAUACAUCUUGGAAAAUUAAUGAAAAUAAAUGUAGGGAAGAUAAUCAUGGUAAUGUAAAAAAAAAAAACACUCAAGAGUAGCAAAGUAAAAGACAGGAAAGUUCUUGACAUUGAUUGCAAUUUCACUGAGCUGUUUGCAGCUUUUAUCUGUUUCAAGGCAAACCUUUGGUGAAA